AUGUCAAAAGCUGUCGGUAUUGAUUUGGGUACUACGUACUCAUGUGUUGCUCACUUCACCAACGACCGUGUCGAAAUAAUAGCAAAUGACCAAGGUAAUAGAACCACGCCUUCGUAUGUGGCUUUCACCGACACGGAAAGACUAAUUGGUGACGCUGCUAAGAAUCAGGCCGCUAUGAAUCCUUCAAACACCGUUUUUGACGCCAAGAGACUGAUAGGUAGGAAAUUUUCUGACCCAGAAGUCAUUAAUGAUGCCAAGCAUUUCCCAUUCAAGAUCGUCAAUAAAGAAGGCAAGCCGGUCAUUGAAGUCGAGUACAAAGCAGAAACAAAGUCUUUUACUCCGGAAGAAAUCUCCUCGAUGAUCUUGACGAAAAUGAAGGAAACUGCAGAAGGCUACUUGGGCGGUGAGGUGAAAGAUGCUGUGGUCACUGUCCCUGCUUACUUCAAUGAUUCGCAAAGGCAGGCAACCAAAGAUGCAGGUACAAUUGCGGGUUUGAAUGUUUUGAGAAUUAUUAACGAACCAACUGCUGCUGCAAUUGCUUAUGGUCUGGAUAAGAAAGGUACCAAAGAACACAAUGUCUUGAUCUUCGACCUGGGUGGUGGUACUUUCGAUGUUUCGUUGUUGUCGAUAGAUGAAGGUAUCUUCGAAGUUAAAGCAACUGCUGGUGAUACCCAUUUAGGUGGUGAGGAUUUCGACAAUAGAGUCGUCAACCAUCUAGCACAAGAGUUUCAAAGGAAAUACAAGAAGGAUUUGACCAAAAAUCAAAGAGCGUUAAGAAGAUUAAGAACUGCCGCCGAAAGAGCAAAAAGAACUUUGUCCUCCUCCGCACAAACCUCCAUUGAAAUCGACUCUUUGUUCGAAGGUGAAGAUUUCUACACUUCUCUAACAAGAGCAAGAUUCGAGGAAUUAUGUGCAGACUUGUUUAGAUCGACUUUAGAACCUGUAGAAAAAGUAUUGGCUGACGCGAAGAUUGAUAAAUCAAAAGUCGAUGAAAUCGUACUGGUUGGAGGUUCUACUAGGAUCCCUAAAGUCCAAAAAUUAGUCUCGGACUUCUUUAAUGGCAAAGAACCAAAUAAAUCAAUUAACCCAGAUGAAGCUGUUGCUUAUGGUGCGGCGGUCCAAGCGGCCAUCUUGACUGGUGAUACUUCUGCAAAGACACAAGAUCUAUUAUUAUUAGAUGUCGCACCAUUAUCGUUAGGUAUUGAAACUGCUGGUGGUAUCAUGACAAAAUUGAUCCCAAGAAACUCAACUAUCCCAACCAAGAAGUCAGAAACUUUCUCUACGUACGCUGACAACCAACCAGGUGUCUUGAUUCAGGUCUUUGAAGGUGAAAGAACAAGAACUAAGGAUAACAACAUUUUGGGUAAAUUCGAAUUGGCAGGCAUCCCACCAGCUCCAAGAGGUGUGCCUCAAAUUGAAGUCACAUUCGAUAUCGAUGCUAAUGGUAUCUUAAACGUAUCUGCUCUAGAAAAAGGAACCGGUAAAUCCAAUAAGAUUACUAUUACAAACGAUAAGGGUAGAUUAUCAAAGGAAGAUAUCGAUAGAAUGGUUUCUGAUGCUGAGAAAUAUAAGGCUGAGGAUGAUGCUGAAGCUGAGCGUAUUCUGGCUAAGAAUCAAUUAGAAUCAUACGCCUUUAGUUUGAAGAGUACUAUUGGUGAAGCCAACUUCAAAGAAAAAGUCGGCGAAGAAGAUGUCAAGACGAUCGAAACUGCUGUCCAAGAAACUGUCGACUGGUUAGAUGCCUCCCAAUCUGCAUCUAUCGAUGAAUAUAAGGACAGACAAAAGGAGUUAGAAGGUAAGGUCAACCCAAUCAUGACUAAAUUCUACGGUGCUGGCGGUGCUCCACCAGGUGGUGCUGCCCCAGGUGGUGCUGCUCCAGAAGCCGCUGGCUCUGAGGGUCCAACUGUCGAAGAAGUUGAUUAG